UUCUCUCAUUAUCCUCAAAACUCGCCAGUGAGUGAACUCAUCUUCUUCCACCAUAUCCAACAAUGCUCAGUCUCUCAAUUGCCUCGCCGGGGACGGCGGUGACUUUCCUCCGAGGAAGUGCUUCCACCUCUUCUUCGUUCCACGGUGUCAGAAUCCAGCACCAAGCUUCUGCUCGCGUGCCUGCGACUAUAUCUUCUAAUGGUAAGCCUUUGGGGGUGGUGAUGAUGUCGAAAAGAGAGGCGGAGUUGAAAGACAUCAGAGCUAAGACGACGGAGGAGCUGAACGAGGAGGUGAUUGACCUUAAAGGGGAGCUCUUUAUGCUCCGUCUCCAGAAAUCUGCGAGGAACGAGUUCAAGUCUAGCGAGUUUCGCCGUAUGAAGAAACAAGUAGCGAGGAUAUUGACGGUGAGAAGAGAGAGGGAGCUAGAAGAAGGGAUAGGGAAGAGGCUGUCGAGGAAACUUGACAGGCAAUGGAAGAAGAGCAUUGUAGUGAGGCCACCUCCUUCUCUCAAGAAGCUUCAAGAGGAAGAAGCUGCUGAAGAAGCUGCUGAAGCUGCCAAAUCUGCUUGAAAAAACUCAGCCAUUUUGUAUUUGGUUCCUUGUGAUGUCACUCUCUGUUAUAUUUGUUGCUUGAAACCAUAUGCUAUUUUAUUUGGUUCUUGUGUUGGUGUAAACUUUGUUCAUCAAGUAGUUUGCAUGAA